UUUUUUCGAUUGCUCCUGCCUUGCCGUUCCUCUCCACUACUCGACUUGCAUGUUUCACUCAGUUCCUCCUCAGAGAGCUUUUUCAACAUGAAACCCUCCUCGUUCAGCCUCACGGAAAUUCACCGACGGAUAGACGAAGUGAAGCGGUUUCUUUCUAGGACACUAGACAUCGCAAACGCUCACACGGUGGACUUUUAUACUCAGGAUGUGUGGAGUCGCUUCAUGGCGCUGCGGCCGGAGGAGGUUCUGUUAGCCGUGAGCCGCAGCGAGCAGCAGGGGGAGCCGCAGCACGUAGGAACCGAGCCUUCCCGGACCACGUUCGGGUUUUGCCGUGAUUCCAACCGGCUGGUUGAUAUUCGUGAACUUUUGCAGGCGGCCAAAGCUCACUCUCUGCCUGGCCUUGGAGUCUGCAUGAGCAGGGAUGAGCUACUGCAGGACCUCAAAGAGAACAGGCCCCACUCUGGCAUCCCACCAGCAGGGACAGGUGCUGAUCUGGAGCCAGAUGAGUUCAUGAACUUGAAGAAAUCCCAUGAAGUCCAGUCCAUGUCUGAGGUCGUGGCUAGUUUGGCCCAUCACUGUGGAGUCCAGCAGGUGAUAGAUGUGGGCUCAGGCAAAGGCUACUUGAGCUCCUUCCUGUCUCUUCAGUACAACCUUCGGGUGUAUGGCAUCGACUCCUCCAGCACUAACACUCAUGGUGCUCAGGAGAGGAACAGGAAGCUGAAGAAGUUCUCCAGGGCGUACCAGAAACACACCAAAGCAGCAGAGACACAAGUCGAGGCCACACAUUCACCUCAGGAGGAGUCGGCAGAAAUAAAACCUGGGCUGAACGGAGAUGAUGAUGUUUUAUAUGGUGUCGGGGCAGGAAAUGAGUCACGGGAGGAGGUGUUAAUCGGCUCGUCAGAUGUCAACCCGGCAGCGGAAAGGCGUUCAGAGCUAAACCCAGAAACAGAGGAGCUAUUCCUCAGUGCCCUAUCGCUGGAUGUGAUUCAGGCUCCCAGAGUUCCCCCAAGUCAACUCAGCGCUGAGGAGAGAGAGAGGAGGAAGAGGGAGAACCUGGAGAGGAAAGCUCAGAGGAGAACAGACAGCACCGGCGCUGUGUUUUCACCACUCACAUCUUACGUUACUGCGGAAACAGAGCUCCGAGAGCUCAUCAACGAGCUGGAGGACGCCGUCGUGGUCGGCCUGCACACGUGUGGCGACUUGGCGCCGAGCACGCUGAGGAUGUUUGUGGCGAAGCCGGAGCUCUCCGCAGUCUGCAGUGUGGGCUGCUGCUAUCACCUGCUGUCUGAAGAGUUUGACCCUGUUAGACGGGAGUGUUCGCACGGCUUGUGUGGCUUCCCUCUGAGUCAGUAUCUCCGCGACCAGUCCUGGUUCUGUGGCAGGAAUGCCAGGAUGUCGGCGUGCUUGGCACUGGAGAGAGUUUCACUUGGCCAAGGGAUCCAGAUGGAGUCUUUGUUCUACCGAGCAGUUCUGCAUGUUAUUUUGAGGGAUCACUACAGCUCCUAUAAAAGUGAAAAGCGAGUUGGGAAUGUGUACUCCAAGACUAAAACAUUUGUGGACUACGUUCAUCGAGCUCUACGCAGACUGGAGCUGGAUGAAUCAAAGCUUUCAGACAGCGACAUCCAGAAUUACCACGACACGUACAGCGUGAGGAUGGAUGAGAUGCAUGCCUUUAACAUGCUGAAGGUGACCUUGGCUCCCUGUAUUGAAGGCCUGAUCCUCCUUGAUCGCCUCUGCUACCUGAAAGAACAGGAGGAUGUAUCACUCUCUGCGCUGGUGCAACUGUUCGACCCCCUGCUGUCACCGAGAUGUUACGCUGUCGUCGGACUCAAGAGUUAUGGAAAGAGAAUAACAAGCUGAAGAACUCGUACAUGUGCACAUUAUUAUAAUGCAGUGAUUCAGGGUUCAUGCUGACACACAAUCACAUCAGUAAUUACACUUUAAAACUGAUUGUAAUACGAAUACAUUCUCACCUGCUUGUUUUAAUUAUAGGUCUGAUUUUAUCUACAUUUUAUAAUUUAUUUAUACAGUUUCUACUUCAGUGACAUCAUGUUUUGGUUGAUAUACUUUACUGUUAAGGGAAAAAAAGUAUCUGAAGUAUUUCCAGUUCUUAGUCCUUGACCUUGAGGUCGUCACAUGAAAACUCAGGCUUUCAAACACCUGGAAAAACUGUCUGGCCUGCUUGAUUGAAUUACAUCUAUUGCAGCCUUUUGUCUUUAUGUUUGAGUGACUCUUGAGAAAACACUUGUUUUCAUGGGCCAUUUAGGGAGCGAGGGGCAUUGUGGGAUUUAGGGGGACUUGGAUCCCCCCCGGCAGGUCUGGAAAUCCCAUGUCUAGGCUCCCAAACUGGAGGAAGUCGGGAAAACGACGGACAGGGCAAGAGGCGCCCUUGAAUCCUUUUUCAGUCGUUUCUUCUGUUUUGUUGUGCCUUUGGUCGUUUAAUAAAUCAUGCUCUUCUAA